GAAACCUCCCCACAUCGCACUCCUUCUCUCUCUUCUUGCCUUAUCAUAUGUCACUUUCUGUUUCUCUCUCAUUUUUUUCUACACAGCAAGCAACCAAAAACUAAAUGAAUGAAACAUCUUCUGUCACUCCACACUCUCUCUUUCUCUCUCCAAAUUUUAACACAGAAACACAUGUAAAUUCUCACCCAGUAGUAAUUUAUUGUCUCCUAUCCUAGGGAUGGUGUUUUGAAGAAGCUUUGAACCAUUAAUUAAAAGAACAUAAAAAAAACCCACCUUGGAUUAUAAUUUAUUUAUUUUCUUAGCUCAUUUUGGGCUAUAAAAGAAUCACAUAAUUUGGGUUGUUUACAAAUAAUGUCACAAGAUUCUAGGGAGAUAAAGACGACUGAACAGUGGAGAUGGUCUGAAAUGCAAGGCCUUGAACUUAAUCCUUCAUCAACAACAACAUCAUCAACAACAACAACAACAACAACAACAACAGAGAGUGUUGCUCAACAUUUAGAGAGAGAAUCAGCAACACCAAAAGAGCAGAGGAGAGAGAAAGAAAUGGAAGUUUCUGAAGGGAAGAAAGAAGGAUUACCUCCAGCAGUUGCGUUUAAAGAGUUAUUCAGAUUUGCUGAUGGUUUGGAUUGUAUUUUAAUGACAAUUGGUUCUCUUGGAGCUUUUGUUCAUGGCUGUGCUUUGCCUCUUUUUCUUAGAUUCUUUGCUGAUCUUGUUAAUUCUUUUGGGUCUUAUGCAAAUAACCCUGAUAAAAUGAUGCAAGAAGUUUUAAAGUAUGCAUAUUACUUUCUUGUUGUUGGAGCAGCAAUAUGGGCAUCUUCAUGGGCAGAAAUUGCAUGUUGGAUGUGGACUGGAGAGAGACAAUCAACAAAAAUGAGGAUUAAGUACUUAGAAGCAGCAUUGAGUCAGGACAUUCAGUACUUUGAUACUCAAGUUAGGAGUUCUGACAUAGUUUUUGCUAUUAACACUGAUGCUGCACUUGUUCAAGAUGCCAUAAGUGAGAAGUUGGGUAGUUUCAUUCACUACUUGGCAACUUUUGUGACUGGUUUUGUGGUGGGAUUCACUGCUGUGUGGCAAUUAGCUCUGGUAACUCUUGCUGUUGUUCCUCUAAUUGCUGUUAUUGGUGGGAUUCAUACAACAACAUUGGCCAAGCUCUCUACCAAGAGCCAAGGAGCUAUGUCACAGGCCGGAAAUAUUGUCGAACAGACAAUUGUCCAAAUUCGAGUGGUUUUUGCAUUUGUGGGUGAAUCUCGAGCUCUACAAGGGUACUCCGCUGCGUUGAAAAUCGCCCAAAAGCUUGGGUACAAGACUGGAUUAGCAAAGGGUUUGGGAUUAGGAGGAACUUAUUUUGUUGUGUUCUGUUGUUAUGCUCUUCUUCUUUGGUAUGGAGGUUAUCUUGUUAGGCACCACUUGACCAAUGGUGGUCUUGCUAUAGCAACUAUGUUUGCAGUCAUGAUUGGUGGAAUAGGUUUGGGACAAUCAGCUCCUAGCAUGAGUGCAUUUGCCAAGGCAAAAGCUGCAGCUGCAAAGAUUUUUAUGGUUAUUGAUCACAAACCAAGCAUUGACAGAAACAAGAUAUCUGGGACCGAAUUGGAAUCAGUAACCGGGCAAAUUGAGCUCAAAAAUGUGGAAUUCGCAUAUCCAUCUAGGCCGGAUGUGAAAAUUCUUCACAACUUCACUCUCACUGUACCUGCUGGAAAAACUAUAGCUCUAGUUGGUAGUAGUGGAUCUGGGAAAAGCACUGUCGUCUCUCUCAUUGAGAGAUUUUAUGAUCCUAUUGAAGGGCAACUUCUUCUAGAUGGGCAUGACAUAAAAACAUUAAAGCUUAGAUGGCUGAGACAGCAAAUAGGGUUGGUGAGCCAAGAGCCUGCUUUGUUUGCCACCAGCAUCAAAGAGAACAUACUUCUAGGCAGACCAGAGGCUAGCUUGGUUGAGGUUGAAGAAGCUGCUAGAGUUGCUAAUGCUCAUUCUUUUAUCAUUAAGCUUCCUGAUGGCUUUGACACACAGGUAGGGGAAAGGGGCUUGCAGCUCUCUGGAGGACAAAAACAAAGGAUUGCUAUCGCGAGGGCAAUGCUUAAGAACCCAGCAAUACUGCUUUUAGAUGAAGCCACUAGUGCAUUAGACUCAGAAUCAGAGAAGCUUGUUCAAGAGGCUCUUGACCGGUUUAUGAUCGGGAGAACAACUCUUGUUAUUGCCCACCGUCUCUCCACCAUUCGGAAAGCUGAUCUUGUGGCUGUACUUCAGCAAGGAAGUGUAUCUGAGAUUGGAACCCACGAUGAACUUAUGGCAAAAGGAGAAAAUAGUGUUUAUUCCAAGCUCAUUCGCAUGCAAGAAGCGGCUCACGAAACAGCCCUACAUAAUGCCAGAAAGAGUAGUGCCAGGCCUUCAAGUGCAAGAAACUCCGUCAGCUCACCAAUUAUUGCACGGAACUCUUCUUACGGGCGCUCACCUUAUUCACGUCGGCUCUCUGAUUUCUCUACUUCUGAUUUCAGUCUCUCUCUUGACGCCACCCAUGCAAGUUACAGGAAUGAGAAGCUGGCAUUUAAGGAGCAAGCUAAUUCCUUUUGGCGUCUUGCUAAAAUGAAUGCUCCUGAAUGGCCUUAUGCCUUAAUUGGUUCUGUAGGCUCUGUUAUAUGUGGUUCACUAAGUGCCUUUUUUGCAUAUGUUCUCAGUGCUGUCCUUAGUGUCUACUACAACCCGGACCACGCUUUCAUGAUCAGAGAAAUUGCUAAGUAUUGCUAUCUACUGAUUGGACUUUCAUCUGCUGCUCUCAUUUUUAAUACGCUGCAGCAUUUCUUCUGGGAUGUGGUUGGUGAGAAUCUCACAAAAAGGGUGAGGGAGAAAAUGAUGGCAGCUGUAAUAAAGAAUGAGAUGGCAUGGUUUGAUCAGGAAGAAAAUGAGAGUGCCCGAAUUGCUACUAGGCUUGCUCUUGAUGCCAAUAAUGUUCGAUCGGCAAUUGGAGACAGGAUUUCUGUUAUUAUGCAGAACUCUGCCCUCAUGCUUGUUGCUUGUACUGCUGGAUUUGUUUUGCAAUGGCGUCUUGCCCUUGUACUUAUAGCUGUCUUCCCCGUUGUUGUUGCUGCUACUGUUCUGCAGAAAAUGUUUCUGAAAGGGUUCUCUGGAGACCUAGAGGCUGCCCAUGCUAAGGCGACACAGCUGGCAGGAGAGGCAGUGUCAAAUGUCAGAACUGUAGCGGCAUUCAACUCAGAAGUGAAAAUUGUAGGUCUAUUUACCAGCAAUCUUGAAACUCCUUUACGUCGUUGCUUCUGGAAGGGGCAGAUUGCAGGUAGUGGAUAUGGAAUAGCUCAGUUUGCCCUUUAUGCUUCCUAUGCUCUUGGUCUUUGGUAUGCUUCUUGGCUUGUUAAGCAUGGAAUCUCUGAUUUCUCCAAGACAAUCCGGGUAUUCAUGGUCCUUAUGGUCUCUGCUAAUGGUGCUGCGGAGACUUUGACCCUGGCACCUGAUUUCAUUAAGGGAGGCCGUGCCAUGAAAUCUGUGUUUCAGCUUCUUGAUCGAAAAACUGAGAUUGAACCUGAUGAUUCCGAUGCUAUUCCGGUUCCCGAACGCCUUCGGGGAGAGGUGGAACUCAAACAUGUUGACUUCUCCUAUCCCACCCGUCCUGACAUAUCUGUCUUCCAAGACCUCAACCUAAGGGCACGAGCAGGGAAGACCCUUGCCUUAGUGGGACCUAGCGGAUGUGGUAAGAGUUCCGUCAUUUCACUUGUGUUAAGAUUCUAUGAUCCAUCAUCCGGGAGAGUCAUGAUUGAUGGUAAGGACAUCCGGAAGUACAACCUGAAGUCCCUACGGCAACACAUAGGGUUAGUACCUCAAGAACCAUGCCUCUUUGCCACCACUAUUUAUGAUAACAUUAAGUAUGGCAACGAAAAUGCAACUGAAACUGAGAUAAUCGAAGCAGCAACCCUAGCAAAUGCCCACAAGUUCAUAUCAGCCAUGCCUGAAGGCUACAAGACUCAGGUAGGAGAAAGAGGAGUUCAAAUGUCUGGGGGACAAAAACAGAGGAUUGCACUUGCAAGAGCUUUUGUGAAGAAGGCAGAGAUAAUGUUGCUCGAUGAAGCUACCAGUGCUCUUGAUGCAGAAUCUGAGAGGUCUGUUCAGGAAGCCUUGGACCGUGCUUGCUCAGGGAAGACAACAAUUGUGGUGGCCCAUAGGCUAUCAACCAUUAGAAAUGCCCAUGUCAUUGCCGUUAUUGAUGAUGGGAAAGUAGCCGAACAAGGGUCUCAUUCGCAUCUUAUAAAGAAUUACCCAGAUGGGUGUUACGCACGAAUGAUACAAUUGCAAAGGUUCUCACAUGGUCAAGCCGUAGGGAUGGCAUCAGGAUCAACAUCUUCCACACGUCCAAGAGAAGAUGAAGGGAAAGAAAAUUGAUGACCUGUUUAGGGGGGAAGAAUUUCCAAAUUAGUAAAAAGAUAGAGGAAAAAGAAAUGAAUUGAAAGAAAAAGAGAGUAUACUUAGAUGUCCCUUCUCAUCAGUUUGGAAUUCUUGAUUUUUGCUGUCAUAUAUAGCAUCUUGUGUAUGUGUUAUCUAAUUUAGCUAAUGAAAUAUAGUGUUCUUCUCAAAAA